UUCAUUGGCCACCUCCAAACCCUUAAAUGGAGCUCCGAUUCGCGACGGAUUAGUCGUUGGCCCCGCUGAAUUGAUGGAUACCAUGGAAAAAAAAGGUCUAUUUGGGAGGUCAGAGCUGAAAUGUAGUCGUUGUGAUAAAACAUUGUGUGCGCCCGAGAAUCAAAUAAUUAAAACCGUAGUUUGUUUGAGAGUUUUACAAAGGAUGGGAGGAAAUGAUUCAUGAUGGAAUCACAAAGAAAAACAGGCCCGAAGAUCUGUGUCUUUGCAAAGCUGAGAGAUUGAAGAUGGAAUUAUUGCAGGGUGGCGAUGAGUCUGGUGGGGAGAGUGAUAGCUUUGAUUGGAACAGCGAAGAUGAGCGUGAAAUUGAGAACUUUCAGUCUUCUUCUUUACGUUUAACUGUUCCUAAUGGAGCGGUUCUCACUGGGUCUGGAGAGGCAAGCCCCUCUGCAGGUCCAUCUAAUUCCAAGGUAUUUGAUCAUUUCGUGAGUAUGGGAUUUCCGAGAGAAAUGGUCUCCAAAGUAAUUGAGGAAUAUGGUGAGGAAAAUGAAGACAAACUACUUGAAGAACUUCUCUCGUACUCGGUUAUAGAAAGUUCUCCUCAGCCCCAACAGCGAAUUGAACCAAAUCAUUGCUCUUUGGUUUUAGAAAGUCCCCAUCAACCACAAGUAAAAAUUGAGCCAGAUCUUAGCUCUUCUGAAGGUGGAGUGAGCUCUUGGGAAAACUCAGAUUCUGAUGCUUUAUCCGAUGAGGAGGAAAUGACGAAAUCUCUUCGUGGGAGUGACAACAUUGUAUUGACGUUGGUGAAAAUGGGGUACAAGCAGGAUGAAGCCCUAAUUGCCAUAGAAAGAUUAGGUUGCAACUCUUCUGUAGAUGAACUAAUAGAUUUUAUAGGUGUUGCUCAAAUGGCAAAGGCUGAAGAUGCUCUUCUACCUCCUGAAGAAAAGCCUGGCAUUUCUAAGUUAAAUAAGCGAAGAUAUUAUGAAUUAGAAGUGUUGGGAAGGAAAAGGCCUAAAAGCUGUGAGAAGAGAAUAAUCAGUGAAGAUGAUGAUGAGCCACUUCAUCUUCCAAACCCGAUGAUUGGUUUUGGGGUUCCUACUGAGCCAGCUAUCAUAAAACACAGAAAACUUCCAGACGAUGCUGUUGGGCCUCCUUACUUCUAUUAUGAAAAUGUGGCACUUGCACCAAAGGGGGUUUGGCAAACUAUUUCUAGGUUCUUGUAUGAGGUGGAACCUGAAUUUGUUGACUCAAAGUUUUUCUGCGCUGCAGCCAGGAAAAGGGGCUAUAUCCACAAUCUUCCCAUUGAAAACAGAUUCCCACUUCUUCCACUUCCGCCACGUACAAUACAUGAGGCGUUUCCCCUAACAAGGAAGUGGUGGCCUUCAUGGGACACUAGGACCAAACUAAAUUGUCUGCAAACAGCUAUUGGCAGUGCAAAACUAACAGAGAGAAUCAGGAAGGCUCUAGAGAACUAUGAUGGAGAGCCACCUGAGGAUGUCCAAAGGUUUGUUCUUGAGCAGUGUCGGAAAUGGAAUCUGGUUUGGGUGGGAAGGAAUAAGGUUGCUCCACUAGAGCCUGAUGAAGUUGAAACACUGUUGGGUUUCCCAAGGAACCACACUAGAGGAGGCGGGAUAAGUCGAACUGACAGAUACAAGUCACUUGGCAAUUCAUUCCAGGUCGACACAGUGGCAUACCACUUGUCAGUUCUGAAGGACAUGUAUCCCAAUGGUAUGAACAUUCUUUCUCUGUUUUCUGGGAUCGGCGGUGCUGAGGUUGCCCUUCAUCGUCUUGGCAUCCCCCUUAAGAACGUUGUUUCAGUUGAGAAGUCAGAAGUGAACAGAAACAUAGUUCGAAGCUGGUGGGAGCAAACAAACCAGAAGGGUAAUCUUAUUGACUUGGAUGAUGUGCAACAGCUAAACGGCGAUCGUAUCGAGAAGCUGAUGAACACAUUUGGGGGUUUCGAUCUCAUUGUUGGCGGCAGCCCUUGCAACAACCUUGCUGGGAGCAAUAGGGUAAGCAGGGAUGGAUUAGAGGGUAAAGAAUCUUCCCUCUUUUUUGAUUACUGCCGUAUUCUUGACUUGGUUAAGAAUAUAAUGACCACCAACCAAUGAACUAUGUCUAAAGAAAGAAAGAAAGAAAAAGGGAAAAAAAAACUGUGUUUAAUGUUCUUUGUAAAGUCCAAACAUUUUGGAUGUUAUCUAACUUGGAAACAGUUCCCACCCCAUUUUUGUUGCCAAAGUAAAGGCAACGGGUUUAAAUAAGUUUUCAUUUUUCACAUUUGUGAUUUCACUUUUACUAUUUUAAGAAAAUGACAUUGAAGACUCUUCGACUUAUUUUUA